UUAUAUCACAACAAUGUAAACAAAAAAAACAAAUAUAUAUUUUUUAUUUUUCCUGCUGUUUCUCAGGGUCGACUCUGCUGCCCCCUAGCGGUGAAACGGAGCAGCCGCAGCCCGCUCCGGGUAACCUCCUCCCCGGCCGCCGCCGCUCCGUGUUUGUGUGUAUGUGGAAUGCGGGUCAAGCGGAACUCACGGCCACAAAACCUGCGCACGUCAAACCCAAAACACCGGCUCUCCUCGGCCUCAGGCGCUCUGCGUUGUUUCCUGGUUUGUGGUGCAGGGAGCAGUGACUGUGUCUCCCUGAGCCGGAGCUCCGCAGACAGACGAUGAUGAAGAGGAGCAGGCACCCCAGCAGCAGCGACGACUCCGACAAUGGAAGUAAUUCCACAUGCUGGUCGCAACAUUCAUCACAGCCCAGGAGGGGGACCGGUCAGAAACCCUCCGAGGUUUUCAGAACCGACCUGAUCACCGCCAUGAAGGUGCACGACUCGUACCAGCUGAACACGGAGGAAUACUACGUCCUCGCCGACCCGUGGCGGCAGGAGUGGGAGAAAGGCGUCCAGGUUCCCGUCAGCCCCCAGUCCAUCCCACAACCCGUCACCAGGGUUUUGGCCGAGAAAGGGAAGGAGGUCAUGUUCGUCAAGCCAAAGAAGUUGAUCCGGACGUCGGGCGCCGAGGCGCUGGGCUACGUGGACAUCCGGACGCUGGCGGAGGGGAUGUGCCGCUACGACCUGAACGAGGAGGACGUGGCCUGGCUGCAGACCACCAACGAGGAGUUUGCAGAGAUGGCCAUGCCGCCGCUGGACGAGAUCACUAUGGAGCGGGUGAUGGAGGAGUUUGAGCGCUGCUGCCACGAAAACAUGACGCACGCCAUGGAGACGGAGGAGGGGCUGGGCAUCGAGUACGACGAGGACGUGGUGUGCGACGUCUGCCGGUCGCCGGACGGGGAGGACAACAACGAGAUGGUGUUCUGCGACAAGUGCAACAUCUGCGUUCACCAGGCGUGUUACGGCAUCCAGAAAGUCCCAAAGGGCAGCUGGCUGUGUCGGAUCUGUGCCCUCGGCAUUCUGCCAAAGUGCCAGUUGUGUCCGAAGAAGGGAGGCGCCAUGAAGCCGACGCGAAGCGGAACCAAGUGGGUCCACGUCAGCUGUGCCUUGUGGAUCCCAGAGGUGAGCAUCGGGAAUCCGGAGAAGAUGGAGCCGAUCACCAACGUGUCCCACAUCCCCAGCAACAGAUGGGCUCUGAUCUGCUGCCUGUGCAAAGAGAAGGCCGGAGCGUGUAUUCAGUGUUCAGCGAAAAACUGCCGGACUGCGUUCCACGUGACGUGCGGCCUCCACGCCAGUCUGGAAAUGAACACCAUCCUCACGGAGGACGACGAGGUCAAGUUCAAGUCCUACUGCCCCAAACACUCCGGGCUCGAGGGCGCCGAGUCCAGGGACCGGGACUCGGGAGGCGAGGAUGAGAAGGAGAAGGAGAGCGCUAAGGACAAGAAGGGCAAGAGGAGAGGAAGGGUGAGAGUGGAGGAGGAGGAGGACGCCGCCUCCCCCUGUUCCUCGUCCUACGUGGCUCCUCAGCUCAUCGACACAGGGCCCAGCGACCUGGAGCUGCUCGCCAGCCGCCAGCAGGAGAAGAGAGUCAGCCUCCGCAAGCUGAAGCUGCAGGAGAUGGAGGAGGAGUUCUACCAGUUCGUGGAGGUGGAGGACGUGGCCAGCCGCCUGAAGCUGCAGCCGGAGGUGGUGGACUUCCUGUUCCAGUACUGGAAGCUGAAGCGCAAAGCCAACUUCAGCCAGCCGCUGCUCACGCCCAAGAAGGACGAGGAGGAGAGCCUGGCACGCCGCGAGCACGAGGUGCUGCUGCGACGCCUGCAGCUCUUCACGCACCUGAGGCAAGACCUGGAGAGGGUCCGAAACCUGACCUACAUGGUGACUCGGAGGGAGAAGAUGAAGCGCUCGUUGUGUAAAGUCCAGGAGCAGAUCUUCCAGCACCAAGUCCGACUGCUCGACCAGGAGCUGCUCACGGGCGAUCCUUCAGAGAAGGAUUUGGAGAAGAUCUUCUCACUGGGCUGGUCGUCCUCUCAGGACUCCCAGUCUGGCUCCUCCAUGACCGACUCCAGACUGAAAACCAAACCAGCGUCUUUAAAGCAGGAAAAAAGGAAAGGCGGCGACAGAAAGGGCCUUUCUGACUCGGUGCCCCCUCACAGGAAGGAAAAUCUGAGCAAACCGCUGGAGACGAAGGAUAGUAAGAGCUCCAGAAUCAAAGAGUCUGGACCCGCUGAGGACACCAGCAACGCCAGAAUCCAGAACUCUGAGAUCAGCCAGGAGAUCAAGUUCCCAAAUUUUCACAAGCCAGAGGUCGUUCAGGAGACGAUCACCGUCAAGCUGCACCGAGCCGAGUGCAGGAAAUGCUCCAGGAGGGAGGCCCCGGGGCCCGAACACGAGGCGCUCGCCCGACGUAAACGAGACAACGAGCAGGAGGAGAGGAGGAGGAAGAGGAGGAGCGACACAACAGAGAGCUUCCCGGUCCAGGUGAAGAACCGGUUCGGGUCAAAACACAUGGAGAAAACCGUGUCCAUCAGGCUGGUCGACAUCAGGAACUCUGACAACGACGACUUCUUCCUGGACGAAGGGACGACCAACAGAAGCCCCGCCUCCUUGGAGGUCACGACCAACACUAAACUGAACAGGGCCAACGGGAUUUCAGAUGCCGCCGCCGCCGUUAAAGCCAACGGUUGGCUCAGGAAAACUCCGACGAACGGCUCGCACACAACCAACAGACAUGUGGGCGGACAUCUCAGAAGCUGGGGGCGGUUCAGGAUCCCGAGGAGGAGCGAGAAGCCUCUGACGGCGGCGGAGGAAAAAGAAGAGGAGGAGGAGCUUCUGAGGCCGCUGACAAACACCCCGAAGACCAGACUCCGCACGGGGACGGAGAGCGACAGCUCCGACUCCAAACCAGGCGACGGCGAGAUGGAGCCCUGCUUGAAACGAUGCCACUCCCACAAGCUGAGGGGCGACUCGGCGCUCGGCCGGCGCUACGGCUCUGACAUCAUCCGGCGGGGCGUGUUGGCCUCCUGAUGGCAGAGCAACACUUGAAGGAAAAAAAUAAGCUGCACUGUGUUGAGUCGGAGAAGAACGACGGUCGCUCUUUGUACCCUUCUUUUUAUUUUUUUUCUCGACGAAUCAUAAAAUGCCUAGAUUGAAAAAAAAAACCAACAGAGCAGAUAUUUAUUUUUUAUUUGUAACAUAUGUAAAUCUGGGAAAUAUUUUACUUUAUUUUGAGCUAGUUUAUUAUAGUUUAGUUUUCUUCUUAAACGUAGAGAGAUGUCAAGUUGCCACUUAAAACGCUCGCUCAGAUAUUUACAAGCAAAAGCAUCAAGAAGUUAUGAAUGUUGCUUGGGACCAUAAGCUUGCAAUGUAUUUUUUUUUUUUUUUGACAUAGUAUUAAACUCAGUUGCACUUAGACGAAAAAAAAACGCUGACAAGGAUAAUCGUCACGUCAGCGAAAUCGGACUCUUUCGGUCUUUUUGUUUUCUUUUCAAUCAAGCUUCAUCGGACGUUAACAGCUACAGUCAAACUGCCCUUUUAUCGCUAUUUAAAACUCCAGCUGUCAUCAUUUCUUCAGUCUGCGAUUGUUGAACAUUAUGAACUGGGAAACCACACACACACACAAAAAAAAAUUCAGAAUGACGUUUUAUAUGCCGUCAGCACUUAAGUGUAAUUGAACUGCGAUCGUAUCGUAUCCAUCAUGUGCCUAACUUUUAUUUGAAGCGUUUGCACUACGAGAGGACGGCACAGGUGUGAGGUAUGAGUAGAGUUAUUUUUACACUGAAAAAUUUAAAAAAAGCGUUUUGUACCCCUCGGCCGCUGCUGUACUACUGUUAUGCAAAAUGAAAUUUGUUUUUGUCGUUGUCUUAAAGAGGAAUAAAAACUCUGGAGGACUGAA